GCUGUGACAGCUCAUUUAUGCGUAGCCGCCCCACGUGCAGACAUGAUGGGAGGAGGCUGACUGGCUCCUCAGCACACUCUGCUAUAGAUCACAAGCAAAUAUGGAUAAAUAUGGAUUUUGGGGACUGAUCUGUGUGUUUGCAUUGAAUUCUAUCUUAAUUUCACUAAAGUCUAUCAGGCAUCAGUGCAUGUAAUGAAAGCUAAAUGUGGUCUGUUAUACGCUAUAGUUGCAUCACAUUCAGAGCUUAGACGUACUCCGCUUGUAAAUGCUCUGGGGUCCCAGCGUGACGCGGGAGUCUUCUGAGAGCCCCUGUAGGAGUCACAUUAAAGCGGCGCUCGUGCUCCGCCGCCUCCUCGCUGACGAUGGAGCCGCUGGAGGACGCCGGCGUCUGCUUCCCGCAGCUCAACGCCUCCUGCAGGAAGACUGCGCGUCCUCGCUCCGAGGCCGUGCUCGUCUGCAGCCUCCAGUCCUCCGUGGCGUUGCUGACUGUGGUCCUCAACCUGCUGGUCAUCAUCUCUAUCUCCCACUUCAGGCAGAGACACACUUCUCUGCAUGGCACAAACCUCAGUCAUCACAGUUCCAUAACAGAGGCUGCAUUGGCUCUGUUUUGUCCUGAUUCUGCUGUCGUGUCCUGUUGGCUUUUCCCUGUACUUGUGUUUAUGCUGGUGUCCUGUGCUUCCAGGCAGCUCCACACCUCCACCAACCUGCUGGUCCUGUCUCUGGCCGUCGUGGACCUCCUGGUGGGUUUGCUGCAGAUGCCGAUAGAGAUCAUCCUGUACCGAGGCUGCUGGCUCCUCAGCGACUUCAUCUGCGCCCUCAAUUUCUCCUUAAGUUACCUCCUGGUCAGCGUCUCCGUGGGGAACCUGGUUCUGAUAUCCGUGGACCGCUACGUGGCCGUUUGUGAGCCCAUGUUCUACUCCACCAAAGUGACUGUGGGCCGAGUGCAGCUCUGCGUGUGUCUGUGCUGGUUCUGUUCUGCUGUUCACAGCGGAUGGAUCCUCAGGGACUUUGUGAAGCGACAGCAGCACAACAGGUUGGAGUUCUGCUACGGGGAGUGUGUGGUCGCCAUCACGUACGCUCAGGUGGCCGUGGACUUCAUGGUGACCUUUCUGGGCCCCUUCGUGGUCAUCUCGUGUCUGUACGUCAGGGUGUUUGUGGUGGCCGUGUCUCAGGCUCGCGCCGUGCGCUCUCAUCUUGCAGCUCUGCGCCGUUCAGAGGCCGUGAAGCCUAAGAAGUCGGAGCUGAAGGCGGCCCGGACGCUCGGCGUCGUGGUGCUCGUCUUCCUCUUGUGCUCAGCUCCAUAUUACUUCUUCUCUGUGGCUGCUGAGGUGAAUUCGAUAUCAGGGACGUCUGUGUCUCUUUGGCUCUUGUAUUUUAACUCCUGUUUAAACCCAUUGAUUUACACCUUUUUUUACCCGUGGUUCAGAAAAGCCAUUAAGCACAUUUUUACACUUCAAAUACUGGAGCCUGAAUCCUGUGAAGCCAACAUACUAUAAUAUUGUCCACACUACACUGGAGGAACAGUAACAUCAACAGUCAGAACCUCUUUGUGACUUAAUGCUAGAAGAAUAUAUAUACCUUUAAAUUUCUUUUUUUUCAGGUCAAACCAGAAAGAAAUAUUGGAAAGCUUGUAUGUGAGCAUUCAUGUAUGAUUUAUGUUUUUAUGAUCCCAAUAAAAAUAAAAAGCAAAGAAGAGUUCAAGGCCUUUAUUGCAAACUGUUCAUUACUUGAAAAACUGCUACAGAUAAGUUAGAUGUGAGAACAGGCUUCAGGUUGUCGGUGGUUCUGAACUCUCUCCAACGCGAUCCUCUUCACGUGUUUUACUUCAUCACAGCUACAGACUUCAGUGCCACACGAGUUUGUCUGCAGCAAACAUCCAUUACCAUGUGUAAAUGCAUAAAUGAUGAUGCUUUCAUGUGGACAGAGCUCAUUUGAUGUGUCUUAGUGUCUCGGUGCUCAAGUUACACUGUAUCACAAAUGUCAGUGAACCUUCACAUACGCAUUCAAAAAAGGACGUUUGAAUCAGAUAUUUUAAAUGAUCCUUGUUAAAUGUCCUUUUCAUGUAAAUGGUGUUUUUUAGGCUAAUUCUCUUGUUGA